CUUGUGUACCUGUGUGUGGCUUAAGAAAUGGCGUCCUUUACAGAUCUCGCAGCACAACUUCUCUUGCUCGCCACCCUCUUUCCUACACUCACACUAUGCUAUAUCAAUCCAGCUACCACAAGCACACACCAAAACGCCACAAAAUCAUCUGCUUAUAGUUCUUACAUCGUGCUUGUCCAGCCACCACCCUCGAAUGCAGGCCAAGGCGCACACCACCAGUGGCACGAGUCUUUCUUGUCGAGCUCGUUGGCAGGUGACUCUAGCGAGUCACGCCUCCUCUACUCCUACACCGAGGUGUUCAACGGCUUCGCCGCGAGGCUCACCGACGCCGAACUCGACAUGGUGUCCAAGAAGCCAGGGUUUGUGCGUGCAUUCCCGGACCAAACGCUGCAGCUAAUGACCACCCACACUCCAGAGUUCCUUGGGCUAAGGAAUGGCACCGGGUUCUGGAGCCAGGCUGACUACGGGAAGGGAGUCAUCAUCGGGCUGCUCGACAGUGGCAUCUAUGCCGCGCACGCUUCCUUCGAUGACCACGGUGUUCCACCACCCCCGGCAAGGUGGAAGGGCUCGUGCGACGCGGCCCGGUGCAACAACAAGCUUAUCGGCGCCAAGUCACUCAUUGGGGCAGGUGAUGACUCUGACGACGAACAAGGGCACGGAACACACACCUCAUCCACGGCCGCCGGAAACUUCGUAACCGGCGCAUCAUACAAUGGCGUGGGCACAGGCACCGCGGCCGGAAUUGCCCCGGGCGCCCACAUCGCCAUGUAUAAGGUAUGUGUUACUCGUGAGUGCAAGGCAUCUGCCAUACUGGCCGGACUAGAAGAGGCCAUCAAGGAUGGGGUGGACCUGCUCUCCCUCUCCAUUGGCGGCAGCACCAGCGCCAGCUUCGAUCAGGACCCCAUAUCUAUUGGCGCGUUCAGUGCCGUGUCCAAGGGCAUCCUCGUGGUGUGCGCCGCCGGCAACAACGGCCCGACUCAGCGCUCCGUCACCAACGAAGCACCGUGGUUGCUCACGGUCGCCGCCAGCUCCGUGGAUCGGAGCUUCGGCGCCAACAUCCAUCUCGGCAACGGCAAGAGCAUUGACGGAGAAGCACUUACCCAGACAGCGAAUCCAAGCUCAAAGUUGCACUCUCUCCUCUACUCCGAGGAAUGGCGGUACUGCAAUUACGAGUAUGAUAGCAGCAUCACUGGUAAGAUCCUCGUCUGCAAGGAUAAUAAGUCGAGGGCUCAACGGUCCAAAAUCGGCAGCAUAGUUGGCGCCGGCGCGGCAGGAGUCGUGUUGUUCAACGACGGAAUCGCCGGCUACACCACCAUUGUUGCGGAUUUCAGCUCCAGCGUUGUACAAGUGACCGCGGCCGAUGGCGAGGCCCUGACAGCUUACAUCGCGUCGACGGGCAACAGCUCUGUGGCAUCUCUCGCGUACAACGGUACACAGUUUGGCGUCCGCCCUGCCCCCGUCGUGGCCUCGUUCUCUUCCCGUGGCCCAAGCUCACUCUCCCCCAACAUCCUGAAGCCGGACAUACUGGCACCGGGCCUCAACAUCCUUGCUGCUUGGCCGUCGAAAACGGGCCAUGGGCAGGGCCCUUUCAACAUCAUAUCAGGCACAUCCAUGGCGACGCCGCAUGUGAGUGGUGUCGCGGCGCUCAUCAAGGGCAUCCAUCCUGACUGGUCGCCGGCCACCAUCAAGUCUGCCAUCAUGACAACGUCGGACAUCGUUAACGGUACCGGCGGCUCGAUCUUGGACGAGCAGCAUAGGAAGGCCGGCGUGUACGACACAGGCGCCGGCCAUGUAAACCCGGCGAGAGCCGCCGACCCUGGCUUGGUGUAUGACCUCAGCGUCACUGACUACGCUGGCUACAUCUGCUGGCUCCUUGGUGACAGAGGCCUAGCAACCAUAGUGGGCAACUCCAGUUUGACCUGCGCGAAGCUGCCCAAGGUCGAGGACGUGCAGCUUAAUUACCCGACCAUAACCGUGCCGCUGACAUCGACGCAGUUCACCGUCAACCGGACUGUGACAAACGUCGGGCCGGCAGGUUCAACAUUCAAGGCCAAAGUGGAGGUGCCGAGGUCUCUGACGGUGCGUGUCGUCCCGGAGACGAUGUCCUUCUCCAAAACCGGAGAGAAGAAGACCUACAGUGUGUCCGUGAGCGGCCAUGGCCUGGGCAAAGAGCUCUACGUGGAGGGAACCUUGAGCUGGGUGUCGGAGAAGCAUGUCGUGCGUAGCCCCAUCGUCGCUCUCGUCGCAGUCGCAGGAGGUGAUACUGCUCCGGCGCCAUCACCAUGAACGGUGUCCAUGCCAUGAGAAUGAGAUGGAUAGCAGCUGUUUUCUUUGUCCUUGUGUUCAAUUCAUUUUCGGUUUAAUUACUGUUGCGUCAAACAUAAACAACAAUAAUGGAAUAGGAAUCUGCAUCG